AUGGACAAUAAUAUUUUGAAAUCAAAAAGCGAAGAGUCUAUCGAUUCUGGAGUGUACAGUCCAACUGCAACGGCAUACGAAAAGGACAACGAUGCAGAGCAAAAUACAACUAGUUCACUCUCACUUGUACGUCAGCUUGCAGCACAGUUCCCCGAAUACGAGCGACAACCUCACAUGGAGCCAUUUGGGUCUGUUUUGAUGAAUCCCAAUGUUGAAAUUGAUUCGGAAAGAUCAAAAGCAGACAGUGAACGAGUCAUUGAAGUAUCCAACAAUGGCCGGUUUGCUAAGCUGAAUACAUUUCUGGGGAAAGGUGCAUUCAAGGUUGUUUACAAGGCCAUUGAUAGAGAAGAAGGCUAUGAAGUCGCUUGGAACGUCUUACAGGUGACUCGUCAAGAAGUAAAAGCCUUGGGCCAUGAGAUUGAGAUUCUCAAAUCUGUGCGACAUCCAAACAUCAUCACCUUUCAUGAGGCAUGGUACAAUGAAUCAGAAUUUGUAUUCAUCACUGAACUCAUGACAUCCGGCACAUUGCGUGAAUACAUCCGAAAAUUAUCUCCUUUGCCCAACAUGAAGAUUGUCAAGAGAUGGUGCCGUCAGAUUCUAAAGGGCCUCGUCUAUCUGCAUGGCCAUCAGCCUACCAUUAUUCAUCGUGAUAUCAAGUGCGAUAAUAUCUUUAUUAAUGGUGCUCAUGGUGAGAUCAAGAUUGGUGAUAUGGGCACAGCUGAAAUGAAGGUGGAUAAAAAGUACACUGUCAUUGGUACUCCUGAAUUCAUGGCACCUGAAAUGUACGAAGAGAAAGGCUACAACGAGAAGGUGGACAUUUAUGCAUUUGGUAUGUGCUUACUGGAGAUGGUUACUGGUGAAUAUCCUUACAAUGAAUGCACCAACGCUGCUCAAGUCUUUAAGAAAGUGACGCAGACCAUUCGUCCCGAGUGCUUGUCCAGAGUACAAGACCCGGAGGUGCUGGCCUUGAUCAACAACUGUCUUGCAACUGAACAUGAACGCAUGUCGGCACAGGAGAUUUUGGAGCAUUCGUUUUUGGCAGUGGAGCCUGAAGUUGUCAUGCUGGCUACGGAUGUUGGUAUGAAGCAGUUGACUUUGCAAGUUGUUUUCAAGGGCAUGGAUAAGCUGUCUGUAAAGUUUGAGUUCAACGCUGAUACGGACACUGCAGAGGACGUCGUUGCCGAGAUGAUUGAGGAGCAGGUGCUGCCGGAGCGAUAUCAGCAAUUGAUUACUGGAGACAUCAAUCGGCUUUUGCGUGAUUUGACGAAACAACAAAACACGGCGGCUGAUAAGGUUGAAGAUGACCGCAUGGUUUGGAGAAGAGAGAAUGACAUCCGUUCAGAGCUGGAGAGAGCAAAGAACGAAUUAAUGGCAGCGAGAGAGAAGAUUGCAGAUGUGGAAAAGAAGUGCAAUAGUUUUGAGCAAAGAACUCAACUCGCAGAAGAGAGAUAUAAAGAUACCAUUACUGCAUUAGAACAAGCUAAAAUCUCUGCUUUUGUUGAGUCCGAGUUGGAACCAGACAACUUGAUGACGCCCACUACAACCACCUCACCUAUUGCUAAUUCAGACGAACAUAUUCCUCUGGAUUCAUCAGAAUAUCCCAAUGAUACCAGCAUCGAAACAUUUGUCCUCGAAACGGCUGCUUCCACUAAUCGUAACAAGGACAAGGCUCUUGAAUGGGUAAGAAAACUUCAAAAUCAAGAUAUCAUGACAGUUGGAGACCUCCGUGAUUUGCAUGAUGAGGAUUGGACAGGCAUUGGACUCACUGUGUUUGCUUUGAGAGCACUGAAAAACAUGUUGGUGGGUAAAAAGCAUCAGCAAAGAUCAAGAGCUACUUCGAGUGGUACCAACACACCUAUUGAAGAACAAGAUCAAUACCUUUAG